GAAACGGUAGUGAUGAUCAGAGCAAAGAAAUGAUCAGAGCUGACCUAUUUUUACCAUUAUCGUUGCCAGAAAAGUCGGUGUCGCAUGUCGUUGCAAAAAUGCGUAUUAGACUUGUUUUUGGAAAACUGAAACUGAAUCAAAAUGACUACGCCUUUACAACCGUCCUCAUCGAGCGUUCUGCGGGCAGAUGGACUCCCUGCGCGGAUGUGCUACUCGGCAGUAGCGGGGAUGGGAGCAGCGUGUUUCUGCCACCCCUUCGAUGUGCUGCGGGUCCAGAUGCAAGUCGGCACCGACCGAGCAGGUAUUGCUGCCACAGUCGGUCGCAUAGUUAGGACUAGCGGUGUUGCGGGACUUUACAAUGGUCUAUCAGCAGCCUUUUUGCGGCAAUGGAUGUACGGCAGCGGGCGCAUGGGCAUAUAUUCCUACCUGCUAGCGGACUAUCGAAACCGAAAUGGAUCCCAGCAACCGUCGUUUCUUCAUAAGAUUGCUUUCGGUGCCACGAGUGGCGGCGUUGGCGCAUUCAUAGGGACGCCGAGCGAGGUCGCAAUCGUGCGCAUGGCCGCGGAUGGACAGCUCCCACAGGCGCAGCGCCGCAACUACAAACAUAUCUUCGACUGUUUGCGACAGAUAGCCGAGAAGGAAGGCCCGGGGAGUAACGGUUUGUACAAAGGUGCGACCAUCACAGUGAUUCGAGCCAUGGCCCUCGCAUCAACACAACUCGCGACUUAUUCGGAAGCGAAGGCACAACUUCAGACGUGGAAGCCGGAGACAUUCACCGAGAGUGGGAUCGCAACGCUGAUCGUUUGCUCGCUUGCGGGAUCCUUGGUGAGCAACUCGGCUAGUAUGCCCUUCGAUGUAGUCAAGAGUCGCAUCCAGAACAUGCCGACUCCGAAACCUGGAGAAGCGCCUCUGUACACAGGUAUGAUAGACUGCUGCGCCAAGAGCGUAGCCGCGGACGGGCCACUUGUUUUGUGGCGUGGAUUUCUUCCAGCCUUCGUCAAACUGGCGCCAUACACAAUUAUUAGCUUGAGUCUGCUGGAGCGGAUUACCAUGCUCACGACGGGGAAAGCGGCACUCUGAUCAUGAGGCCGGCUAGAAAAAUCAUUGGAGGACGCAGAAGAGGGUGUCACAACUAAGAUGCAUCUCUGGUUCGGACCCUCGAUCUCUGUCGGUGGAUAGUCUCUGCCUUUUGGCCAUAAAAGCAGCUCUCUCUUGCAUAAAUGUGUAGCAUAGGACCUAUCUUUUGCUAGCGUUGUGACCACGUAGAGUCGUUUGUAAGUAGACUAGAAGUACUUGUAAUCUCGAGGUGUAGCUCUUUAUGCUUUCUUAGUUCCUUAUACUGGUAUGUUCUUGAUCCUUUUCACCAGAGUAGGUUAUUUUUGUCCUGCCUUUUUUUGUUGUUUUUAUCGGAUGGAACCGUGCACCUCUCGGGGCCUGCCGCCGAUUUGCGAGCGGGAUAGGACCUGUGCUGUCAUAUUUUUAGUGACCUUGUGCAGGGAUGAAAUUUUAGAAAAGAAAUUUUUUCUGCAAUAUCAAUCCUUCCAUAAGUCGUGUGUGCCAGACCCAGAACUUGUGCAACGCUGAAACGAUAAGACCAAGUGGAUACGGACGUGAAAGAGAAUGGAGAGCUACAUCAGG